AUGUUCGAUUUUGAGCAAGAUUUUUAUAAAUUUGUUAAAGCUUAAAUAGAUAAAAAAAGAGGAACUAAACAACUAAUAUUUGAUGAUUCAGAGCAUGAUGAAGAUAUCAUUAAAAGUAAAGUAUUAUCAUUUUUAAAGGAAAUAGGUUAUAAAGUGAGAACAUUCAAAAAGUUUUAUAAAAUGAAAGAAAGAAGAUGAAAAUUAGUAAAGUAACAAAAGAAUAACAUUUCGAAAAGAAAAUGAAAGAUUUUACAUCAAUGGACACUUUUAUUGAUGUUAAAUAAUUUCUUAAAAAUCUGAAUGAUCAACAGAUAUAAAAAAAUCACAAAAAAUUACUUUAAUCAAUAAGAAAAUCUCAUUCAGAUAGUGAUAAUGAAGAUCUUUUUGAUUAUGCAGAAAUUGUAUCAAAAAGUAAAAAAUUUAUUGCAAACUCUCAACAUUUUAGAACAAAACCUAAUAUAGAGGGUUAUUUAUAAAUGGAUAAUGAAAAUAGCUAAAGAUCUAAAGCUAUGGAGGAGGGAAGAUCAACAAAUGAGAAAUUCUAUACAGGAAUUGAUAAAUUAAUAACUGAUAUUAAUCAUAAUAAUGUAUUAUCAGAAAUGGAUAGGAAAUAUGAGAAAGAUAGAAAGAGAAAUAGAGAUUCAAUGAAUUCAGAUAAAUAAAUAUAGGCAGCAAUUCCUUUAGAUUUUGGAAAAGAUGAAUUUACAGUAAAAGCUGGAAAAAAGUUUAAAGAAUAAUCUUAAAAGGUUUUAUAACUUUUAGAAAGAACAACUAAAAUGCUAUACAAAAAUAAACUUCCUUAACGUCCAAAUUAAAAGAUUUUAAAGUAAUAAUAACAAUAGCUGAAAGAAAUUGAGCAAUAAAAUCCUAAUUCUUUUGAAAUUCGAAAUUAAAAACACAUGUUAAUAAAGAGUAGAAGUGAAAGCAAUAAUUUAAAAUUUCCAUAAGUAAAUGAUAAAUUAAUUAAUCCACUUGUAAGAAGAAUUGCUCCAAUAUACUAACUAAAUCAUUCAACUCUUCCUGAAAUUAAACAAGGUUCAUUUGUAUCAAUGAGAGAAGAUAGAAAGUUUGAAAAUCUUCAUUAUUUUAAAACUCCUUAAAAUUUUUAGAAAUUUAAUACACAUCAAAAUAAUUCUAGUCGUUAAACUAUUAGUUUGAAUAUAAAGAAUUAGUUUGGUGAAUUUUUAACUUAAGUAAACAAUUUAAUUGAUUAAGCUUGAUGAUGCAUAAGAGCAAUUUUCUAAGAUGUAUCCUUCUGAUUCUUAAAUAUUAAAAAUUUAAAACAAUAUGAGUAAGAAUAUGAAUAAAAUUGGUAAAACUCCUUUAGAAAGUUUGAAAUUUUUAACAAAGAGAAAAUUUAAUAUUUCUAAAAAAUAUGAAUUGAGAGGAAAGAAAAACAGAGUUCUAUAAAUUUUAUGA